AUGCUCUCUCGCCGCGCCCUGCUGCGCCAGCUGGCCCAAUUCGACCCCGCUACCGCCGCCUCGACGUCGUCGAUAUGCCGCUCGUGCCAGCUGCGCCGUGCGCUACGAACGAGCACCACCGCCAUCGCAACUCCGCGCCUCCGACAGUACAGCACGCAACAACCAGACAAGCAGCCCCUAAAGCCGCAGGAAAAGGCAUCGCCAACCACGGCACCAUUGAAGGCCGAGCAGAAAGAGAAGCAAGCGGCGGCAGCAGCAGCAGCAGCUCAGAAAGAGAAGAAGGACGCGCUCGGCCAAGGUCUGGCCUCGUACAAGGCGCCGUCGAAACAUGAGGGCUUCAAGGCAGAGGUGCUGGGGCGGCCCAUCGGCUUCCACAAGCCGCCUCUGCCGGGCGAGAACUCAGGGAAAGACGACCGCAGUCUGCAGCAGCGGCGGGACGACUUUGUAGACUACGACAAGCACCUGCAGCGGCGGAAAGAGCUCGCCAAAGCCGUCGCCAAGCCCUACUUCCGCGACUUCACCAACAUGCAAUACCACGGCGGCAAGUCCUUCCUCGCCAACCCGCGCAUCUUCCGCGCCGACCGCGCCCUCUUCUUCCCCAACUUCGUCGGCUCCACGCUGCUGCCGGGCGCCGCGGGGCGCGCCCCGCACUCGACCACGCUCGCCCUCCUCAACCGCGUCUCGCUCGUGUCCGUCUACUCGUCCGAGUGGGCCCGCGUCCAGGCCACGACCUUCACCGGCCCCGACGCCAACCCCGCCCUCGCCGCCCUCCUCGCCGCCAACCGCGGCGUCGCGCAGCACGUCGAGCUCAACGUCGAGCCGAACCCGCUGCGCGCGCUCAUCUUGAACAUGUACAAGGGCCGGCUGAGGCGGCAGCGGGACGAGAGGGAUUGGGAUCGCUAUUUCGUCGUGAGGCGCGGCAUUACCGAGGAGAUGCGCGAGUGCUUGGGGAUCAUGAACGAGAGGGUGGGCUAUGUGUUCUUGGUCGACGGCGCGUGUCGCGUGCGCUGGGCCGCGAGCGGGAAGGCUGAGGGGGACGAGGUGGAGUAUCUGAACAAGGGUUUGAGAAUGUUGAUUGGGGAGGCGACGGUUGGGCAUCAUCAUCAUCAGCAGCAGGAGGGGCAGCAGAAGCAGCAGCAGCAGCAGCAGCAGCAGCCGAAAGAGGAGGGGGCUGGUGCGAAAAAGGUGAAGAAAGCUGCGGCCUAA